ACUUUAUUCCUCGCCGCGCCUUCAAGCAUUCAGGACCCCCUUUCCCCAUACUACGCGCGCAUCUCCUCUAACACGACACCAGCUCCCAUAGUACUCAACUCGGGACUCAACGCGGUCACCAAUCAAUUAUGAGCGACGCAGUCGUUCAGGACAAGGCCACUGUUGCCUCUGUCGCUGUUGGCGAUGACGCCAAGCCUCCCCAAGAGAAUAUCCCUCCUGUUGUCGAAACCAAAGAGGACACUUCCAUGACCGAAAUCGUCGAGAUUAAAGCCGAGGACAAGGUCGAAGUGAAGACUGAAGAAGUUGAGGAAGAGAAGGCCAGUGUGGCCCCGAAAACCCAGAAUGGCGAGUCGACACAGCACAGGGCAAAUGUCCGCCCCGGUCGCGAGGACUACAAGAAGAAUAGAAAAUUCGACCCGUCGACUCAGCCAGUGACUGACGACCCGCACAAGAUUCGUGCCCAGGUUGAGUACUACUUCGGCGACAGCAACCUGCCUACCGAUAAAUUCAUGUGGGAGACUACCGGGGGCGAAGCCAACAAGCCUAUGAGCCUCAAGACCAUCUGCAGUUUCAAGCGCAUGGCCCGGUUCCAGCCUUACUCGGCUGUGGUAGCUGCCCUCAAGGAGAGCAAGUCGCUGGAGGUGUCAGGCGAGGAAGGUGAGGAGGUGGUCAAGCGAAAGAAGGCCUAUUCUUCGUCGACCGAAGCCCAAAAGGAGCGCUUGACGCGCACUGUCUACGCCAAGGGUUUUGGCGAGGAAACCAAGACGACCCAAUUCGACGUUGAAGCCUUUUUUGCCCAGUUCGGACCCAUUCGGCGCGUGGUUCUUCGCCGUGAUGACAAAGAUACGUUUAAAGAAUCAGUGUUUGUCGAGUUUGACACAGAGGAUCUUGCCAAGACCUUUAUCAGCACCAGCCCGGCCCCAAAAUUCAACGGCAAUGAGCUCGUGAUCAAGUCAAAGAGGGAUUACAUUGAUGAGAAGAACAGGCUCAUCAAAGAGGGUCUGAUGGAACCCAGCACUGCUCGGCUCAAGACUUUCUACGAGGGUAAGAUCAAGGGUUCCGAACGAGGACGUGGCCAUGGCAGGGGCAACGGUUGGGGUCGCGGCAGAGGUGACCAGAACCGUGAUCGCAAUCGUGGUGGUGAGGGGGGUGACUCUAGUGAUUGGAAGAAGCGCCGAGAGAACGACCAGAAGGACGGCUUUAAGAACUCUCGGGGCGGUCGUAGCCACUUAGGCAGAGGACGAGGCGGAGGUCGCGGACGCGGCGGCCGGGGUGGCGACAACAAUCGGGACCGCAAUGAGCGCGCCCAGGACGAGAAUCGAAGCACGAACAAUGUCACGGCUCCCACUAUCAAGUCGACCACCGACUCGGGAGCGGUAGUCAAGAAUGGAGAGACCAAUGGUAAGCGGGCGCGUGAGGGCGAUGGUGGCGGCUCGGCGCCGCCGGCCAAGAAAGUCGAUGUCAAGACCGAGCAAUAGGUUAGUUCAGAUUAUGAUUUGCUUUACUGGUGGUGGAUUGUGCUCAUUUUGCUUUGUUCUCGGGACAUGGUCAUGAGUACAGGGUUUGAGCUACAUGUAAAGUACCCCCAGGCCUGGU